AUUCACUUUACCGCACUUCUACUUCGGCCGUCAAACAAAGCGCGCGUAACCAACGAGAUAUUUUUUUUUUUUUGUGAAGAAUUUUUCUACCAGUUAUGGAGAAGGAGCAUCAGCCAGACUCCAUGGCGACCAUCACCAUGAAGCCGGAAUAUCCCCCGUCUGAAGUGUACAGUACGUCGGAACCGCCACCGGCGUACCGGCAUCGAGUGUCGUCCUCGGUUCAGAUUGCGAGGAUCGCAGCGCUGACGGUGGUGGCAGCCUCCUUCAUUUUGGGUGCCUUCAUCCUGGCUUCCAGCUGGGUCGCGGCCCGGGCUUCUUGUCACCAGCUCGAGCAGUUAGAUGCCAUGUUGGAUAAAGAGUUGGCUCUAGAAAGCAGGGCAUAUGGAAACGACGCUUUGGUUGCGGAUGAACCACUGCCAAAUGCUCAUGCAUUACACGGCGUUCCUCCGCCCACUCCCGUGUCGUCGGCGGCGCCCACGCACCCCAGCCAGCCUCCUGCAGCUGAAAACCAGCACAAGGAUGAUGCUUUAAACCACGAAGAGUCUAAAAUAGACGAAGACAAACUUCAGAAAAUUGACGACGAAGUCUCCAAGAACGAGUCUCCGAACUCCAGCGAUGAAAGUUCAGAGUCAGACAGUUCUGCGGAAGAGGAGGAGGACUUCGAAGCCACCAGGCCCAUGUUGAAGCUGCCCAUUCAGUUCGACCUGGACGAGCUCGCGGGAGCUUUCCUUGCCAAUAAUCAAAAAGGCCGUAUGAACUGCGUAGUCGAGCGCCGCCAUGACGACCCCAUGGAGAAACGAUUCCCCUUCAACAUCCUUGGAGCCUUCGCUCCCCGUAGCGCUCAUGCUGAGCGAAUUGCCAUCAUUUGCCACGGAGGAGAUGAGCCUAGGCCCGUGAAUAUGUUCCCCGAGCCGCAGUCGCAGGUGUUCGCGUUCCCGCUGUCAGGCCCCGUCAGGCUGCCCCUGAGGCCCCAGGCCGAUCGCGCACCCCCCAUGCCAGCUGAACCCCGCAUGCCUUUCGGGCCCAUGCCACAUCGCCCAAUGCCCUUCCCCCUUUCGUUGCCAUGGGACUCCUCCGAAGAGCAGAUGACCGGGCCCCGCGAGAUGCGCAUCCAAGUGCAGCGAGUGUUUGCCAUCCCCAACCCUCAGAGCAUACCGCAGCAACCAGAGCCCGUGAGCCGCUUCGUGCCGAACAUGCAGCCCCAGCCAGAGACACCUCGUUUCGCUCCUCCCGUUAUGCCUCAGCCACGUGAACAGAAUGAGCAACCGAAUGUGCUUCAUCAAUUCGUCCCACAGCCGGCCCCUACUCAAGAAUUGGAGCAACCAGAAUUGAAGAAAGUUCAGUUGGAAGGUGCCCCGAUGAACCUGCCCUGGGGUCUGAGCCCUGAUGACUUGUUCGCCAUCAGACACGCGGAGCAAGCUGCUGCCUCCCAACGCAAUGACCAGCAGAUGGACAAUGACAUGCAAGAGGUUAAGACCAUCGUGAACUCUUUGGCGGCGGCAGCGGAAGCCGAGGCGGAGGCACAAGCGCAGGCCGAAGAGCAACAACGCCAGGAAGAGCAGAGUCUUCAAGCGCAGCCCGAGCCGCAAGCGCCCGUGGAGGAAGCGCCCGCACAGGCGCCCCGCGCACCCCGCACCUUGUUGCUGCCUCAAGACAUGCCUAUGGAUGAGAGGCCCCAUUACAUGCAGCCACGUUCGGUCCGCAGCGUAGACGCGUUGUUGCACCGUGAAAAGCGCGUCAAGCGCUGCGCUUGCGACUGCGCCUAAGUAACACUGGACGUGCAGCGCUAACUGCGCUCUAAUACAACAGGCUCUCAGCGGCCUAUUCCGUCCACAAAAUCUCAUUUUUUGUAACAAACUAGGAUACAUUUAUUAUUCAUACGACUCUUCGCUUACAGUACUUGUAAAUAAAGUUGUUACCUCCCCAUUUCGAAAAGUCGUUUUUAUUACCUAUCAAAGUUAAGAAUUAAUUUAUGAAAAUUUUAUGUUUUGUUAUAUAAUUCAUACAGUAAAACAUUGUCAGAUUUCGAUUUAUUUGUCACAUACUUACCUAAUUACUGUGAUUUUAAUGGUUAUGUGAUAAAAUGAUAAAUGUUGGUCUUUCAUAAUAAAUAUGAUUUAAUUACAAUACAUUAACAAAAGAUUGAUGAUCCAUUAAUUUUGUUAAAAGUUUUAAUAAUUGUUGUUAAAAGUAAUUUUCUUGUACAUACAAACUCGUACUAGUAAAAUCAAGUCGAUUUUGCAUUUUAUGACAAAAUUGUCAACCAGCAGCAAAACAUAACCGGUGAUAUUUUUAUGUAAUCUAAAAUGAAAUCUUUCAUUCUUAUUGUGAUCCUUAAUUAAAUUUUACUAGUUUUAAUA